AUGAUCGACUGGCCCAAUGUGACAGCGUCCGGCCACCAGGAGCUGGACCUGAACCCAGAGGAGCUGCAGAAGUCCAAAUGUGUGCUGGGCUUCAUCCCCGUCAUCUACUACAGCAUCCUGCUCUGCGUGGGAGUUCCAGUAAACAUCCUGACAGCGGUGGCCUUGUCCAGGCUGGCGUGUCGCACCAAGAAGGCUCUGUAUUACUACCUCCUGGCAGUGACCGGAUCAGACAUUCUCUCGCAGCUCUUCAUCAUCUUCGUCGGCUUCCUGCUGGAGACGGCGGUGUUUCACCGUGACGUUCCUGCACUCCUGCUGCACUCCGUCAGCGCCGCCGAGUUUGCUGCCAACCACGCCUCCAUCUGGUCCACUGUGCCCCUCACCGUGGACCGCUAUGUGGCGCUGUGCCACCCGCUGCUCCACCGCCAGAUCAGCUACCCGGCACGAGCCCGGAAGAUCAUCGCGGUGGUGCUGGUGUUAUCCUUAGCAUCGGGCGUUCCUUUCUUCUGGUGGUCAGACAUGUGGAGGAACAGCCACCCGCCCACGGCGCUGGACACCGUCCUCAUAUGGACACAUGUGACCAUCAUCUACUUCCUGCCCUGCAGCAUCUUCCUGGUGUUGAACUCGUUGAUAAUUCGUACUCUGAGGGCGAGGCAGGCGCUGCAGCGCUGCCAGGAGGAAUGUGGGCCGAAGUCGGCGCCGCCGCGACGACUUGGUAAAACCACGGCGAUGCUGCUGGCCAUCACCUCCGUGUUCUCAGUGCUGUGGGCGCCCAGAACUGUGGUGGUCAUCUACCACCUGUACGUGUCCUCGGUGCACCGGGACUGGAGGGUCCACCUGGCCUACGACCUGUCCAACAUGCUGGCCAUGCUCAACACGGCCGUGAACUUCUUCCUGUACUGCUUCGUCAGCAAACCUUUCCGCGGCGCCGUCCGGGACGUGGUGCUGCUCCGAGGCGGCCCGCUGUACUCUCGCCGCACUCUGCCGCAGCAGCAGGCGCCCACCAACGCCUCCAUCUCCUCCCUGUACAGUGGGAACAACAAGCGCUGGCAGCGGGAGUCCACCCCGCUGUCACCUCGCAGGGCCAGGAAGCCCUCGUGA